UAGGACCGGUUCAAACUAGACCAAUUGAAUCAGUCCACGAUCCCAUCUCUAUCUCUCUGCUCAUAUUUUGAGAUUUCGAUACUCCUCCGUCUCGUUCGCGAUACGAUCGAUCCAUGGAAACCCAACGGAAAAGGUUAAUCAUAACGUUGAUUUUCUUAUGCUACGCGGCUUCAUGCUUGGAUUUUUCAUCAUCAUCAUCUUCUGAUCAGGUUGGGGCAUACGGAGAUUCUGAUAAAGUGGUCGGAUCCAAUGGAAUCCAAUCUUUCUGCACUUCCGACAGAUACAUUAUGCAAUCUUAUUUCUCUACCCACACUUCACUGGACGAUUCAGAGUUUAGAGAUUUUCUGCUGAAAGAAAGUUCUUGUGGGAUCCCGACCAAAGAUCCAACCUUUGCUCCGACAAUAUCUCUCCUACACAGAAACAUAGCAGGCGAAGGUUCACAUCGCCACCUUCUCACAUCCGUCAGUCUUCUUCUUCUUCCUCCUCAGUUUCAUGAACUUGUGAUCAUUGAAAGAUUGCCUUUGGGAGUCUUUGCUGAUCCUUUUGAGCUUCAGAAUCUUCGGCAACGCAAAGUUUUCAGAGAAAUGGCAGUGUUUGGAGACACUAAUCUUGAGCUGCCAUCGUUCAGAUCGAACCGGUCUGUUGUUGAGAUUCAUGUUGAACUCGAUCGCAACGAUCAUGGAAAUUCCGAAAUCGGGUUAAUGCUUCCUCUCCAUGCUCGGUAUCAGCCUCUGGAAGAGAGUGGAUACUCGAGAAUUGAGUUUGGAGAUCCAGACGUGUUGGUCUGCAGGGGACAGGACACAAACCGGCGGAGCAGACAAACCAGAUGUCUGGUUUUGAGUGUUGGCAGAUCGGAAAUCGGGUCCGUUGUAUGGGAAAUACCUGCCGGAAUCAGAUAUCAUACGGAGAUUGUCUCCGUCGUUACUUUUGCGGCCGCUGUUCUGUCGGCCAUUGCCAUUGUCAUGGCCUCUGCUUUCAGCUCAAAGGUUUGAUAGAACUCAGUAAAUACUAAAAAAAGAAGUCUUGAUCAUGUUUGUUUCAGAGAGAGAUACCCUCUGAUUCAUUGCAAUUCCUUUUUGGUCCA